AUGGGACCGAAAAAAGAAACAAAGAAGUACGAUUUAAACGAUAAAGUUAUGUGCAAACAUGGUUUGUUCUACUAUGAAGCGAAAAUCACUGAAAUUGCUGAACAAGAUGGAGAACCGCUGUAUGUUGUCCAUUAUCAGGGCUGGCACAAGAGGUAUGAUGAGAGAAUAACGCAAAGUGAAACAGCUGACAAAUUUCUUCCUUUCACACCCGAAAAUGUUGCGAAAUGCAAAAAAGAACUUCAAGAGGCACAAUCAUCAAAAAAUAAAAGGAGGAAAACCAAAGAGGGUAACGAAGACGAUGGCAGAAAAAGUGACGCAGGCAGUCGUGCAUCUACACCUAAUAGUGUUCCUCGUUCUGCUCCAGCAACGACUCCGUUGCGAACAAAAAUCGCCAAGAAAAGAGCGGAAGCCGGAACAGAUGCCCCUGCAGCUACUUCAACUACCAAUACUGCAGAACUAGAAAACAAAUCACCGAUACGUGAACGCGACCCACUUUUGCUUCAGGAACUGGAUAAACUGAACGAUAUGCCCUCAUGCCUACUCCAAAUAAUUGUCGACGAUAGCGACAUAAUGACGCGUCAACGUAUGGUUUCUCGAUUGCCGGCACGUUACACUGUGGAUACUAUCAUCAAUGACUAUUGUGCUGAAAUUGGAUUUUCUCCCAAGGAAGGCGACGAUUCUGCUAUGGUGGAUUCGCCUUCAGGACUGGGCAGUAGUGCAGUUGGAUUGCGUGAUUUCUUCAACGGCGUUCUGGGGUACCAGCUUUUGUACAAGUUUGAACGUCCGCAAUAUGCAGCUGAAAUCGAAAAGGCCGUGGGAUCCAGCGAUGCGGUUAACAGGAAAAGGAAGUCGCAAUCAUCACCUGACGAUGUCGGGAAUGCUCUGAUUCCGUCGAAGCUAUACGGUCUUCCUCAUCUGCUUCGGCUCAUUGUUAGACUCACCACUCUUCUUCGUGAUGUGCCAUGGAAUGACACUGUUUUCCGGGUAAAUUUCACUUCAUUUCAUUCAGGACAUUGGUAG